CACAUCGUUUGGAGAAUGUGUGGGACCUGUGUUCCGAAAUGGGGUGAUUUCUUGCUAAAUCCAGUUAUGAGGGCUGCACAAAUACAUGCACUAUGUCACGCUGUGCCUUAUAAGAAGUACUGCUUUUUUUCUACUUUAAAGAUGAGCUUGAGCUAUUGGGAACAUAAGUUAUUUGUCCACUCAUCCAACUAGCAGGAGAAAGAACUGGGCUUGGAAUCUGGGCAGUCUUGAGUCCAACACUUGAGUCCGUUAAUCUCUUUUGUGUAUUCUCCUUGAGCACUGGGAGAUUCUAGCACUGAGUCUAGAAUCAUAUCCUUAAAGGAAGUUGGGACUUGAUUGUGGGCUGCCUUAAGAGUAAGGUUUAGGCUAUUUGUUAAAUUUUUGAAAUUGUUUCCUCUAAUGAUUCGUUUGUUUUAUUUCAAGUAAUGUUUAUAUUGUGGAAGUAACCUUAUCAUUAAGGGAAAUUCAGAAAACACAGAAGUAUGUAAAGAAAAAUUUUAGUUAUCAUGACUACAAGAGGUGAAAAAUUUGAUGAAUUUGAAAAUUCAAAUUGUGAAAAAUUGAAUGUAGUUACUUGUGAAUUUCUGUUUAGUAGAGGCUGUUUUCUUUGUUACUGAUGGCACAAAUUGUGGUUCACAAAUCAGUGGUUUUUGCAUAACUUGGGAAGAGAAGGCCAACCUUGAAAUCCAUAUGAGUCCUUGUAAUUUAGAAUUUCUGCAGAUGGGACCCAAGAAUCUACCUUCCAACAAGGUCCAGGGAUGAUUCCUGUGCAAGUGAAAAUUCAAGAAGCUCAAGAAAGGGACUUAUAUGGAAACUGAGACUUAGAAAUUUGACCUAGCUGCAUGGCCCAGGUUAAAAACUGAGCUGGAUAAUAACCAGAGCCUUACUCCUUCCGAUAAUUUUCUUCCUCUCUAAUCAUUGUCUAUUGUCAGAUCUCCUUGUGAAAUCCUGCCGUGAGGAGAAGGUGGCUGGUAAAUAUUGUGAAAAUGGAGGGACUUAGAAGCAAAUAUAUAUUUUUCCCAGAAUUUGGGUGGUGCAUUGUCAUUAUUUUCUACCAGAGGACUUCUGCUAAAAGUGAGAAGAUUGACCAGUAGCUCCUAGUAGUUACUGUUAGUUAUUUUGUUAUAGUCAACAGCAGACUUACUAUUAUUACUAUUUCCUAAAACCUUUAAUUUUUUUAUUUCUAUGAUUAUAAACUUACACAAAUAGUACAAAGUAAGCACAAUGCAUAUAGGUGGCCUGGACUUUGAACAAAUAGUACUAAAAAAAAUUGUAUAUUCUUUUUCCAGAUUCAUCAUUUGUUUAUAUUUUGCCUAUUUGCACUCAGUGGCCAUUAGCCAGAUACCACCAAGAACAGACCUUGAAAGGGUUUAGUUGUUUUAAUUCACUGCUGCAAGAAAGCCCAUUCAACAGGGGGAUUGGUGGGAUGUCUUAGUAAAAGACUAUUAGGAGGGGCAGUUUUUGUUGUUUUGAUUUGUGUUAGGUGGAAUUGGGGAGAGUUUUAAGCAGUGAUAGUUUGUUCUGGAUUUCAUACUGUCAAGAAGCAGAAGGAUUUUGAAGAGUGAAUAUUGUGCUAAUUUUUAUCUAAUAAAUGAGAGAAAGAAAAUGAUAGUGGAUUUGUCACUAUUAAUGAAGUAGUCACUCGUGUUAGAUGGGAGGAGCAGCUAAUACAUAUCAGUGCCAGAGCCUACUCUGCAUAAUAUUGUCUCAAUGUUGCCCAUGCCCUGAAUAAGAAUUACUAAUGUGUGCACUGCAGGCACACAGGUGAUGGGGCCACUGUGGACAGAUUGUCCCCUGAACUACUACUGGGAGCAGAGAGGGGGCCCCUAGUAUCCAUGCCAGGCCCUGCUGAGCAGACUGCAUUUCCUCUUUGCUGCUUCACAUGGAGCAGCCACAGGAGUUAAUGACUGACUCAACCAGUUUCCAUGACUUUUUUCCCUCUUUUCCCAGCCUCUCUCCCUCGGACUCUGCAUUUCCCCAGGAGGAAAAAGGAAAAAUGAGCAUAUUCAAGGAAGCAGUGACCUUCAAGGAUGUGGCCGUGGCCUUCACAGAGGAUGAGUUGGGGCUUCUGGAUGCUGCUCAGAGAAAGUUGUACCGGGAUGUGAUGCUGGAGACCUUCAGGAAUCUGGUCUCUGUGGGAGAGAACAAUGAAAGUGAGCUGAGAACAGUUGAAGACAGAGGAUCACAUGAAGAGCUUUCCUGCUGGAAAAUUUGGCAACAAAUUGCCAGUGAUUUAAACAGAUGUCAGGAUUCCAUGAUAAAUAGUUUUCAGUUCCACAGACAACACUAUUCCACCUGUCAAGAUGAAGGAGUACUAUCUAUUCAAAUUUCUGAAGAUGAAAAUUAUAUAUUAAAUUAUAAAGUGGAUGGUCUGAAUGAUACUGGAAAUCUAGAGUUUCCAACUUUGAGAGCCUAUGAUUCUUUUAGGGACAUUUCUUUGACUGAGUCACAGAAUUAUCUAAGGAGAUAUCAGGAAAUAUCCAUGAGAACUAAAUUAUGUCAGUACAAAGGGGAUGUGGAGACUAUCAAUUGUAUUUCAUAUCACCCCAAUGAUAAUGGAGUACACAUAAGUGAAAUAUAUACUAGUUGCAAUGAUUUUGAAAAAGACAGUAUGAAGAUAUCAACGUUGGAAAAAAACAGUGUAUUUCACACAGAACAAAAACCUUACCCACGUAAUGAGUGUGAGAAGAAAACCUUCAGUGAUCUGUCUACCUUUGAUCUUCUUCAGCAGUUACACUCAGAAGAGAGGUCUCAUAUGUGUAGUAAAUGUGGGAAAGGCUUCCCAUAUAGCUCAGUGGUUCAUAUUAAUCAAAGAGUUCACGUCGGAGAAACAUGCUGUAUCUGUGAUGAAUGUGGUAAGGAAUUCAGUCAGAGCUCACAUCUGCAAACUCAUCAGAAAGUCCACAUUGUAAAGAAACCAUUCAAAUGUGAGCAGUGUGGGAAAGAUUUCGGUUGUAGAUCAACACUCACUGUUCACUGUAAAGCCCACACGGGAGAGAAACCUUAUCAUUGUGAUGAGUGCGGGAUGGCUUUCCGUCAGGCAGCUCAUCUUCAGGACCAUCACAGAGUCCAUAAUGGGGAAAAACCAUUCAGAUGUGAUGCAUGUGGUAAGAGGUUCAGUCGGAAUUCACAUCUUCAGUCCCAUCAGAGAGUCCAUACAGGAGAGAAACCAUACCAAUGUGUGGAGUGUGGUAAAGGCUUCAUUUGUAGCUCAAAUCUAUAUAUUCAUCAGAGGGUCCAUACAGGAGAGAAACCAUACCAAUGUGUGGAGUGUGGUAAAGGUUUUAGUCGACCUUCAAGUCUUCAGGCCCAUCACGGAGUCCACACUGGAGAGAAAUCAUACAUAUGUAAUAUGUGUGGCAAAGGCUUUACUCUAAGUUCAAAUCUUCAAGCACAUCUGAGAGUUCACACUGGAGAGAAACCAUACAAAUGUGAGAAGUGUGGGAAGAGUUUCAGGAGGAACUCCCAUUAUCAAGUUCACCUAGUGGUCCACACAGGAGAGAAACCUUAUAAAUGUGAGGUGUGUGGGAAAGGAUUCAGUCAGAGUUCAUAUCUUCAAAUCCAUCAGAAGGCUCACACUGUAGGGAAACCUUAUAAGUGUGAGGAGUGUGGGCAGGGCUUCAAUCAGAGUUCCCGACUUCAGAUUCACCAACUGAUCCACACUGGUGAGAAACCAUACAAAUGUGAAGACUGUGGGAAGGGAUUCAGUCGGAGAGCAGAUCUUAAAAUUCAUUGUAGAAUCCAUACGGGGGAGAAACCGUAUAAUUGUGAGGAGUGUGGGAAAGUAUUCAGGCAGGCAUCAAAUCUUCUGGCCCAUCAGAGAGUCCACAGCGGCGAAAAACCAUUCAAAUGUGAAGAGUGUGGGAAGAGCUUUGGUCGAAGUUCACAUCUUCAAGCCCAUCAAAAAGUUCACACUGGAGAAAAGCCAUACAAAUGUGAGAAGUGUGGGAAGGGCUUCAAGUGGAGCUUGAACCUUGACAUGCAUCAGAGGGUCCAUACAGGAGAGAAACCAUAUAAGUGUGGGGAAUGUGGCAAGCACUUCAGCCAGGCCUCAAGUCUUCAACUUCAUCAGAGUGUACAUACAGGAGAGAAACCAUACAAAUGUGAUGUGUGUGGUAAAGUCUUCAGUAGGUCUUCACAGCUACAAUCUCAUCAACGAGUUCAUACAGGGGAGAAACCUUAUAAAUGUGAGAUAUGUGGUAAGAGCUUCAGUUGGCGAUCAAAUCUCACCAUUCAUCAUAGAAUCCAUGGUGGUGAUAAAUCCUAUAAAAGUGGUAGGGGUUGUAAGAACAUCAGGGAUUCCACGCAAGAAAAAAGUUCUAUAAAGUGAUUAAAAAACAAACCAGGUGUCACGUGAAUUAUUCCAAUCAUGAAGUUCAAACGAAAAAAUGUCAUUAAAGUUAGAGUUUCAGCCAUAGAUCACCCAUACACCUCCACCAGAUAUCUGGAAUUUUUUUUUUAAUGAUGAAAGUAAUCAGAACCCUUGUACGUUGAUGUUGGGAAUGUAUGUUGGUACAAAGGCUUUGGCAAGUGGUAAUUUGUCCAACAAUGGUAGAGUCACUAUAUGACAGCAUUCUUGGAUGUAUAACAAAGAGGAGUUAAACUAUGUCCACACAAAAACUUACACAAACCUGUCUAAAGCAGCAUUAUGAUGGCCAAAAUGGAAACAGCCCAAAUGGCCAUCAACUGAUGAAUAAAUUCACACAAUGCCAUACAUAUAUUUAACAAGAAAAAGUGAAGUGCUAAUACUUGCAUCAAGAUGGACGAAACUUGAAAACAUAAGGGAAUAAAAUUAGCCUUUAAAGACCAUAUACUGUAUCAUUACAAGAAAUGCUUAAUAUAUAUGUAUAUAUACACACACACAUACAUACAGGAAAUAGGUAUUAAUGGUUGCCCUGCACUGGAAAUUUUGGGGGAAUGUUGGGAGUAACUAUUAAUCACCGCCAGGUUUCCUCUCUGGUGAGAAAUACGUCCUAAAAUUGAUGGUUUCACAACUCUUUGAAUAUGCUAAAAUUCCUCAAAUUGUGUGCUUUAAAUAAACAGAAUGGAAUGUGAACAACAAGUUGGGAUAACAUUUAAGAACAGAGUAGAACAUACUGCUACGUUUCAAAUUCGGUUUUAAUAACAAGGAUAUAAACCCAAACGAUCAACUCAAAUGGUCAAAAACACGGAGACUUACAAGCAUUUGAAUUAAUGCUAAAAUUUAAAGCUAAUAUAAAGCCUAAGGUGGUGAUCUUCCUCUAGAGCGAGUUUUCAUUUGUUUCUGUUAACAAAUCAUCGAGAUGCACUAUAAUCCAAUGUAAGGUAUUAUGGCAAAGGCCAUUUCCCUUUUAGUCUUACACCUAAAUGGCAGCACUUUCGAUUUUAUUCCUGCGUUCCUCCCCACCUUCACAGUUCCGGAAGACCUUGAACGUGGCUAAAGUGUCCAGCUGUUAACAUACCUGCCCAAGGGCCCACAGUGCCAACCUAAAACGGCAAAUCUCUUCCAGAUUCGCUCUGGCACCCCAGGAGUUAAUACCCAGAGGCUCAGAAAACCCGGA